AUGUCAAUAUUUUAAGGUAAAUAAAUGUGCACUAUGUAUUUUUAUUGCCUAUAACUAAAGACACUGACGCCCGUUUUCAUUAACCUUGAUUAAGGUAUGGCUUAACUAGGAAACGCCUAAACUUACGAAUCGCCUUAGCAGGUUAGUUUAAUUCCAUACAAACAUAUUUUUUAUACCUUGAUAUAUUUUUGAUCUGUCAUAUUAUACAGCAUGUCAUAACUUUAGUCAUUGCUUAAAGUCCUUAGGCGGUUUCUAGUCAUUGGUGAAAUGCAUUUUCACCUUAGGCGAUUCCUAAAAAUUGAUGCAUCAGAUUUGGGCGAAUCUUAAAGUAAGUGAAAACGGGCAUUAAUGCUUUAGUUUUAGGACUUAAUGCCAUACAUGCAUUCUCCACCAGUAAACCAGUAUGUACAAAACUAUAGUACGUAAUGUUGGUUUAAUAAAAACGAACAUAUCUAUUACAUUCCUAUAAACUUAUGAGAUAAUGAAGAAGUGUAAGUAAAUCGUUGGCGUAGAGGAUAAGUGCCGCGGCCCGCGAUCGUUGUUGUUAAGCAACUUUAGCGAGGGUCGGUCACGGGAUGGGUGACCAAAAAAUUAUUAUCUCGAGCCCCUCCGUGCUUUAGAAAGCACGUUCAGCCGUUGAUUCCGGCUGCAUUUGCAGUCAUUAUUACCCUUCAAUUCGCAUUGGGCCAGCGUGGAGAUGAUGAUGUAUGAUUUGCUUAUAGAUGUUGUUCGUUCGUUGGCAAGCGUGGAGGUGGCGCGCAGGCAAUAUCUAUUGGGAAGAACUGCGAUAAAUUCGGCAUAGUGGUACACGAGCUGGGGCACGUGGUCGGCUUCUGGCACGAGCACACGCGCCCAGACAGGGACAAUCACGUGCAAAUCAUCAGAGACAACAUUAUGUCCGGUCAAGAAUACAAUUUCAACAAGUUGACGGAUGAAGAAGUAAACUCCUUAGGCCAAACAUACGACUACGACUCUAUAAUGCACUACGCGAGGAACACAUUCAGCAAGGGGACUUAUUUAGACACAAUAUUACCACUGGAGGUCCACGGGAAGAAAAGACCAGAGAUUGGCCAGAGGGUCAGGCUCAGUGUCAGCGAUAUUGCUCAAACGAAUCUCUUAUACAAAUGUGCCACUUACGUGAGUUAACAAAAUUUCCUAUUUUGUUUGAUGUAUUUUGAAAAUAGCACUGCCCUGCGAUUCUGUAAAAAUCCAGACCCGAAUUCGAAUUCACUCAUGUGUCCGAAUUCACGUCAUUUGGUGUUAAAAUACUAUUGAUUCCAUUUUUUUUUGUAUAAAAAUACAAAAUAAAAUUGAUUGAAUGUGUCUCAGAUAUUCUAUUCCUAUAUCAUUUCGAAACUCACUUCACUUAUGCUACGAAACGUUAUUACCAAUUCAAGGUUGAGCGUAUGCCUCUUUUUGAAGUCAAUUCGGACACCUGAUAGAAUUCGAAUUCGGGUUUGGAAUUUACAGAAUCACAGGGCUUAUAAACUUCUGUUUUUUUUUUCUUUAGAAUGCGGUAGGACUUUACUCGGCAACUCUGGUUGGUUCAGUUCGCCGGGAUGGGGGGCCGAUACGUCGCCCGCCACGCAGGAACGCUGCGAGUGGCGUAUCGUCGCCACCCACGGCGAGAGAGUCGUGCUUAAUAUCACAGGUAACUUACACUGUAGGACGAUUUUAACCAUCGGACGAUUGAGUAGAAGAUCUGUAAAGCAUCUCAUGGAAGUGAAGAAUUAUUUAUUAAGAGCCGAAGAAUCGAUGCGCGUGGGGCGUAUCAACAACUUCACAUGA